ACUGUUACCAUGACUCUCCCAAUCUGCAACGACAAAUAAAGGGCAAGUUCUACUCUCUGCCAAAAUGCCAGUGCGCACAAGGUGUGUGCAACAAUGGCCCGCAUCAACCCUGCCGCCAUAACACCUGCGCCCAGCCAGGAGCCAUUCACGAUCCAGCCCAUCAUCAGGGAGAUGCUCGCCACUCGCCGCUGCACAUCAGAUUCCAUCUUCAUCGUCGAGGGCAUCGAUACCAUUCCGGUGCCCGCCGAGACGCCUGACGACGACGACAGUUAUGCUGUUCGACUGGUGCUGGGGGACGGGGAGCUGUGCAUCCAGGCGUUGCUGCACCCGGACAUGUUUCAGCUCGUCGAGAGGCGAGAUGUCUUCGUGGGAUGCUAUGUGAAAGUGAAGGAUCUCAUCUUGCGGUUUGAAGAGCCCGAAGACGACAGCGUUGGACGGGGCUUUCUGGAUGACGAUGGCGAGGAAGCAGAGAAAAAGAAGGAGAAAGACGCCGAAAAGCCGAUGGUGUAUCUGAUUUUGAACGAGCUGGAGACGGUUGGCUGGAACGAGUCGUACAUGGCAAUGUGGCGUCGCCAUGAAAAGGGAAAAGAUGUCGAGGAGCCAGCUGCAGUCACCAGCACGACCAACACAAAGGCGGAAUCAGUACCCGAGAAUAAGACGAAAACGCCCACGAAAGAGACAAAGGCGACUCCAACUGCUCCCUCGUCGAAAAGAGGCGCCGUCAGGUUUGAAGAUCCACAGACUCCCGCAAAGAUCAGAUCCCAGGACAAGGGGAAAGCCAAGGCCAGCACUUCCUCCAGGCAGUGGGGGGAUAACGCACACGGGGAGGUCGACGAGGAGGAUCUGGAGGACGCGUUCGAGGCCUUUGAAGCACGCACCUUUCCCUCCAGGAACACGACGCCAAAGAAGCCCACGACAUCCGACGCAAGGGCGGCAUCCGCAGCCAGUGGCAGCACCGACAAGUCCCACCAUCAGCAGCAGCAGCAGCAGCCACCGCACAUGCAGCCUGUCGCUCUGCCCAAGGACUGGCACGACCCCCAGACGCCGCUCAAGCUCACGACCCUACGGCUAAUUCCACACCUCCCAUACGCACAGAACUGGUCCGUCAAUGUACUCGCCAUCGUUACCUCGCUCUCGGCCGUCGAGCCGUCUCAUCUGCCGCCCGGCAAGCAGCGCACGGCACGCAUCGCCGACCCCUCAACGUCCAAGCAGGUGCACCUGACGGUGUUUCUGGACCCGGAGGAGUUCACGCCCAAGGUGGGCAGCGCGGUGCUGCUGGUGGGUGUCAAGAACCACCGCUUCGACGGGGGCAGCUUGAAGAAGUAUGCCAGCGAUGGGAGCAGGGAUAUAGGUAGGAGAUGGUGGUUUGAGGACCCGUGGGAGCUGGCGUGGCUGAACGUGGCGGGGAUCAAGAGCUGGUGGCAGAGCAUGGGAGAGGGGGAAUCCACCUCUAUAUGA